AUGACUUGUGAUGAUGGUGAUGAUGAUGAUGAUGAUGAUGACGACGACGACGACAGCCAAAGAGAUAACAGAAGGGAAUGGAGAAUUAUUUUUUUUAUUCGUCCCACUUACUCUGCUCAUAUUUCUUAUUUAAAGUUUUUCAUUCCCCUUUGUUUUUCUUCUUUCCUUCUGUUCAUUCUCGAAAUAUUCAUUCGCCCAUGUUUUUCUUACUUUCCUUUCGUAUCUUUGCUUUUUCAUUCUUCUUAUUUUUCACAUCCUUCCUUCUUAGCCAUUUUUCUUUGUGUUUUUUCUUUCUUUUCGUUCUUCUUUCUUCAUCAAUUUUCCCUCAUCCCUUCAGUCAUUCGUUCUUUCGUUUCUUCAUUUCCUGGUUUUCUAUCUAGAUUUUUCUUCUUCCCUAAUACAUUUUUCUCCUUCACUGCUCCAACCAUUCUUUCAUUUUUUCUUUCCUUUUCUUUCUUCCUUUGCUUUCCUGUUUCUUUUUACAUUGUUUAUCUUUCAUUCAUAUGUAUUUUAUUCUUUGUUUUUUCUUAUUCACCUCCUAACAUUUUUUCUCUUUCAUUCUUUAUCCUUCGUUGCUCAAACAUUUCCACCAUGUUCAAACCAUUCUUUCACUUUUUCUUUCAUUUCCUUUCUUCCCUUGCUUUUCUCUUUGCUCAUACAUUGUUCAUCUUUCAUUCUUAUUUCUUUUAUUUUAUUUUAUUUUUCUUAUUUAUCUCCGGACAUUUUUCACAUUCAUUUUCUAUCCUUCUUUUCUCAAACCCUUUCUUCGGUCUUUGCCUUUUUCUUUUUUAUUCUUUCUUUUCUUUUCUCAAAAAUUCCUCUAAUUUUUUCUUUUCUUUCUGGUCUAUCUCUAUUUUUCCAGAAAUAGGAGAGGCGCCAAGAAUGGCCAGCCAGGCAUAUAUUAUCUAUCUAUCUAUCCUAUCUAUCUAUCUAUCUAUCUAA